CAGCGAUUAGCAAGCCCUGAAACAAACAGCUGCCUUGUAUCACUGAAACACGCCAACCCACAAUCACAUUCAGACAUUCUCGUUUCCAGUUAGUAAGAUGGCGACCGAAGCGUGACUGUGUAUGUGACGUUUAUGUUCUGCGCCAGUAGGGGAUUUUGAUAGAACACCGUGUUAAAAACCUACCGCAAGUUUUACUUCAAGGUGAGCGUGUGUAUUGUUUAUAUAAACGACGAAGCUAUAAUCAAAUUAAAUCCGGAAAAUGUUAAUUUUUCUGCCGGACAAAGACAUUACACCUAUAAUUGUUCACAAUCUGUAUUGUGUGAUGCGGCAGUGGUAACAUGUAUUUAUUUAAAUAACUGCAAUCGAGCUGAACACUUGGUUUGAUAAAUACCAGAAAAUAUUUUAUGUACAUUUUUGCGUUUUAAAAAGUUUUUUAAAGUAGAAUUUCUUAUCAUAUUAGUUAAAAUUUGGGGAACUGGUAAAUCACUGAUAAGCCUCAUUAUGAGGAGUGCCAAAUGUGUAAAAGUUAGAGGCGGAUUUGUGGGUUUUUUUUGGGGGGGGGGGGGAAAUAAAUUAUUUUUAAAUUUGUCACAUGUGCUUGUAUAGCAUUUAUCAACAGAUGUCCAAACAUGCACAUGAGUAAGCCUGACUUACUGAAGCAUUGUGGUGUGAGGACAUUGUUGUAGUGUUUACACGUAAUCUGUGUUUUAUACAUACAUGCAGUGAACCUCUCUCUCCAAAAUUUCAAUGGCCUUUAGUUAAAGGACCAAUAUAGGCAUCCAGACCACUUCAGCUCAAUGAAGUGGUCUGGGUGCCAGGUUCAUCUAGGGUUAACCCUGCCUGCUGUAAACUGCUGCUAUGUUUACAUAUGGGUUAAUCCAGCCUCUAGUGUCUGUCUCAUUGACAGCCGCUAGAGGUGCUUCCGCGCUUCUCACUGAUUUUCACAGUGAGAAGACGCCAGCGUCCAUAGGAAAGCAUUGAGAAUGCUUUCCUAUGGACUGGCUGAAUGCGCGCGGCUCUUGCCACGCAUGCGCAUUCAGCCGAUACAGUCGGAAGGAGGAGGAGAGUCCCCAGCGCCGAGGGAGCCCGACACUGGAGAAAGGUGUGUUUAACCCCCUUCCUCUCCUUUCAGCCCGGCGGGAGUGGGACCCUGAGGGUGCACUAUAGUGCCAGGAAAACAAGUUUGUUUUCCUGGUACUAUAGUGGUUCUUUAAGUAAGGUAAAUCAUUUUAUGGAUAACUAUGGUGAUAGUUUUAUCUAAAAAAAAUACAUUUCUUAGCUGUUGUCUGUCAUGAAAUGUGCACCGUGGUGUAAGGCAGGGACUUAAGUUCGCUAACAUUUUAAUACUUUUAAAAAAAAUAUUUUCCCAUUGGAUUUAGAAAUGGGAUUUCCAAACCCACAAUUGUUUCAUGCACUUCGCUGUACUAUAUAUUAGUAAGAAAAUUACCAGAUUUUACUAAUUUUAUGACGUAAAGUCUUUUAUUAAAGAAACAGAGGCUCAUUAUGCUUAUCUCUUUCUUUAUUCCUCAGCAGCAAAGAAAGGAUGCUGACAUAUUCAUAGCAAAAACUUUAACAUAUACCCUCACAGGGUUAACACAUAACAAUACAUCCAAUAACAAUGCUCUCUGUGUCAUAAACCAAGCCACUCCUCUUUCUUGUUGAAGCUGCCAAAAAACUCAGUUCAAUAAAACCUAUUCUCAAUGUGGGACCGAAACAGCAAUUCUUUGGGUAGAUGAACUGGAACUCAGUGUAAGAUGGGUCCUCCGGUAAAACAUGAAAAGAACCAAUGUACCAAUGGUGCCAAAUCCGAUUUAUGAGGCUGAAAGGAACAGAGAAACAACUGGUAAAAUAUGUUUUUGGACAACAAAAUAUAUCCAUAAUACAUCAUUAAAUAGAGUAAUAAAUCCAAAGUAAGCAGAAUCGUAACUUACAAAAACCCUCAAUAAGUGCCUACCCCAUAAAAUCAUAAUUCCAUUAGCAAAUAAAAGAAACACACGAGGGAGGACGCCAACAUACCUGCAUCGGGUGGGAUAAUACUCGCCUCCAUGUCCUUAAUAAAAUCGUGACUUUACAUAAUGAAAUUAGUAAAAUCUGGGAAUUUUAUAUUAUGCUAGUUUAAAACUGUGAAAGCACCACAUCAGAAAAAUGAGAAAGUGGACGAAAAUAAAAUUCUCGAAAAGUGGAUUCGUGGGACCAAUCGGCAGCCCAUAGGAGAUCUUCUAAUUUGCAUCCCUUGGUGAAAGCUUUGUAUGACAUGGCUCCCCUAGCAGAAUGUGCCCCUUACUCUGAAGUGUUGAUGCCAGCUGACGCCAUGAUCCAUUUGUCCUAACGAGAUAAGGUGACUGUAGAAACAGGAUGAUGAGGUUGUCGAAGUGCCAAGAAUAAUUCCUGAUACGCUGGUUCACGAUUUAGAGAAGUCCUAGAUUCGUAUUCAGUUCACCGGACAGUUUUAAAUUGAGUGAAAGCUGGGUAGAAGACUGGGGUGAUAGAUGUUUUUGUACGUCUUGAAAUAUCAAACGAGACACUCUCAGAAGUAAAGGCAUGUGCAGAAAUGUCUAAGGCACGCACAUCCAAAACACGUUUACAUUAGAUCAGGCAAAACAGCAUCACCAGCUUCGCCGUGAGUUGUUUGAGUGAGAGGUCUUCAUUCAUUGGCCAGUAUUCAAACAGCCGGAGGACAAGGUCCACAUGCCAAAGUGAGGAGUAUCUAGGUUGAGGUGGACGUGCAAAUCUGAUGCCCCAAAGGAGCCGGCACACCAAUAGGUGUUUACCAGCUGGGAAGCCAUCCAAUCCGUGCUGUCCCUCAGAAAUAGCUGAUCGGUACAAAUUUAUGAGAUGAAGGAGCGUCCAAGCCAUCAGGGAGAAUGGAGGGAAAGCGUAGUGCAGCGUGCUCAGCCACGGCUACAGGAAAGCGUCUGAUGCCAAAGCUUCUGGAUCUGGUCUCCAGUUGAAGAAUUUUAGUAGUUGGGAGUUCAACCGUGAUCCCCAGUGGACCCCAAAGUGACCGUAGUCAGAGGAAAAUGGCACGAUUCAGUUGCCAAUCGCUGGUAUCCUGCAGGUAUCUGGAAUUCCAGUCCGCCACCCUGUUGGACAUCCCGGGAAUGUAUUCUGCCUGAACUGAGAUGUUGCCAUCUAGGCAGAAUUGCCAGAAAUCCUUUGCAAGUUCCGCCAAUACCAAGGAUCUCGUGCUCCCGAGAUGAUUGAUGUAGCUGACUGCUGACACAUUGUCCAUGUGUAAAAGGAUGGAGCAGUUGAUUGAAAUCCCUACAAGACUCCUAAUGGCAAACGAGCUGCCACGAGUUAGAGGCAAUUGAUGUGUUCUUCUGGGACCAUUUUCCUCCUGUGGAGAUAUGACCGCAGCGCGCGCCCUAACCAAGCAUACUUGCAUCCUACUCCACUAUGAAAUCCCGGAGAUUGCUCUUCUGUGUGCUGCAGUUGACUGAAACAGAGUCUGAAUAGGAGUGCCCUAAAUGAAGGUAUUUUGCCUUUAAACACUGAAGGGCUCUGUAGUGAAGUGGGCCUGGAUUGAGGCUGAGAGAAGGCCGAUGAUCCUGGCCAGUUGUUGCAGAGUAUGCACCAGCCGUGCCAGUGUCCGACGGAUUUCCUUCCUGAUGGUCUUUAUCUUAGAUGGUGGUAGUAGUGCCCCUUCCACUUAAUUGACAGUGAAUCCCAAUUAAGCAUCCAGCAUGUUUCCAAAUCCUGUAGAUUCCAUCUUAAAAACAUAGCCUGCAUCCGCCCUUUUCUUGCACCAGAUACUACCAAGGAGCUUGUCCUUGCUCUAGUAAUUUCUCGCAUGGAUUAUUGUAACCCUCUCCUGAUUGAUCUUCCCAAAAGCAGUACUGCACCGCUACAGUCCGUAAUGAACGCUGCUGCCAGACUGAUUUUCCUCUCUAGUCGUUUUUCGCACCUCACCCCUCUGCCAGUCCUUACAUUGGCUUCCUGUAUGCUAUAGGAGUCAAUUCAAGGUACUAAUUCACACCUAUAAAGCACUGAACAACUCUAACCCCUCUUAGAUCUCCUCACAGAUCCAUAGGUAUGUCCCUUCUCGGUCUCUCCGCUCUGCCUGUGACCACCUCCUGUCCGUUGUCCACACCAGAACGGCCAACUCACACUUGCAGGACUUCCCGCGGGCAGCUCCCUUCCUAUGGAAUAGCCUGCCUACCUCCAUCAGAGGCAGCAGCAAAGAAAGGGAGUGGCUUGGUCACAUGGGGGUUUAUGAUACAGAGAGCAUUGUUAUGUGUUAACCCUGUGAGGGUAUAUGUUAAAGUUUUUUUUCUAUGAAUGUCAGUAUCCUUUCUUUGCUUCUGAGGAAUAAAGAAAGAGAAAAGCAUAAUAUGAACCUCCAUGUCCUUUAAUAAAAUCUAUUAAUCAUGGCAGCUUCUUUAUACUUUCUCCUCGAUUAAUUAGAUUUUUGUUCAGUCCACUUGUGAGUUUUAUGGUGGUCAACUUGUUUAUAAAUGUUUGGGGGCGAGUUCCUCAGUCACCAAAGUGGGGAAAUAUUUAAAGCAGCACUAUAGUGUUAGGAAUACAAAUCUAUAUUCUUAAUAUAGUGUCCCCGUCCUUAGGUCUAAAUAGCCCCUUCACUCAUUUACCAUUUAAAAAAAAAAAAAAGUUUAAGUUGGCACACCUCCCUGCUUUCUGCAAUGUCAUGAAGGUGGUAUGGCCUCCUUCAUGCUGAUCCAACCAGUGCUCCUUCUAGAGGAGCAUUGGGGACUUAAUACACAUGUGUGGCAAGUGCCACACGUGCAUUCAAACGUCUCUAUAGGAAAGCAUUGAGUAAGUUGCUUUCCUACGGGGAUCUUCCACCACCAAAAGAGCUGGAUAUAACCCUACAAUGUAAACAUUUAAUUUUCCAAACAACUGCAGUGUUUUGCUUUGCAGAAUUUUAAAGACUGGAAAACUGCACCCAGACCACAUUAAAUUAGUUGACUUUAAAGGGACACUGUAGGGUCAGGAACACAAACAUGUAUUCCUGACCUUAGAGUGUUAAAAUGUCUUGUGCUUUAAAUAUAGUAAAAUCUUAAAUUUAUUCCAGUCUGCUGGUGCUGGCUCUGCCCCCAUUUUCCUUCUUGGUUGGCAUCAUCAUAAGUGUUGAUCAAAGCCAAUCACCAUGCUUUCCCAUAGGAAAGCAUUAGAUUAGUGGAGACGGUCAAGGAGGCAGAUCAGGGGCAGAGCAAGCACAAGCGAAACAUAGCCUGGCCAAUCAGAUUCUCCUCAUAGAGAUGCACUGAAUCAGUGCAUCUCUAUGAGGAAAGUUCAGUGUCUCCAUGCAGAGGGUGGAGAUACUGAAUGUCAGUGCUGCCCCAGGAAGCACCUCUAGUAACCAUGAGGAGUGGCCUCUGGAGUUAUCCCUAGGCUGUAAUGUAAUAAUGAUUCUACUCCCCAGAACAAAUACAAUAAGCUGUAGUUUAGACUCAAUGAAAGUGGAUCUGUCACAAACAAAUUUAAAUUUAAAAGAACACUGUAGGGUUAGGGACAUUGUAACGGAUCACCUGGCACCCCGACUGGGUACUGCCGUUAACGGAUGCUUUGUUAACUCAAUUAUCUCCCAAGCAGAGGGGAGGAAUAUACUGUAAAUGAAUGGGAGUGUUUAUCUUUGUGAAUGUAUACUAUUGUCUGUUGAAUGUAUUUUUCGGUGCCCCACAAGGUCAACAUGGGUGGUAACCUUGUGGGAAAAGUUGCAUAAAAGGACAGCCUGGCACAUUAAACCCUCAGAUCUGCUUAACCUUUAAUACGUAGCCUCGUCUCGUGUUUGUAGGGAACUGCUAUAUUCACACUGGGGAUUGCUAUACUUUGUAUACUCCCCUGGGCUCUAAUCACUUUUAAGAGCUGUUCCUGUUACGCUCUCCUGGAGGAGAGGUCUUUCCCACACGGUCCUGGAUGUCAGAGGUUGAUCCAAGGUGGAAGGAAGACAGCAAGACUCCAGUUAAGCUACGGUGGUUGUGGUGUCCGGUGCGGUGCUUGUAGUCCUCGGCAUCUGUUAACAGAGGUACCCAGUUGGGGUGCUAGGUGAUCCGUUACAGACACAAACUUGUAUUCCUGACCAUAUAAUGUUAAAACAAUCAUCUGGGCCUCCUUGCCUUCCUAAAUAUAGUAAAAUCUUACUUGUAUUCAAGUCUGCAGCUGCUGCCUCUGCCCCUGAUCUGCUUGCUUACAGCUGACCUCAUCAGAAGUGAUUCUGUGAGCAAAUCACAUUGCUUUCCCAUAGGAUUGUCUGAGACUGUCAAUGAGGCAGAUCAGGGGCAAACACUACAAUUUCUCUGAAAAGACAGUGUUUACUGCAUAAAAAACUGAAGGGAAUGAUUCUACUCGCCAGAACAAGUACAAAAAGCUGUAGUUGUUCUGGUGGCUAUAGCCUCCCUAUACUCAUGAAAUAUAUAAGGACAGCAACUGUUUGGUAGGUAAUUUGCUAGCUAAGCACUCAAAGCAAUAAAACCAUUGCAUCUCAUUAAAUUAGUUAUAUCUCUUGGUGCUGUUUGGUGAUAAACCAUUUUCAAGCAGUUAAAAUGGUUUAACAGUGAACUGAAGAACAGUGCCAGGAGACUCCAGGCAUUACAAAGUAAAAAGAGAUCCAGAAUCUAGGUUCUAUAAGAAUAUCAUACAAGUAAAAAGCUGCCACUCAAAAAUAGGCACACCCCAAAAAAGCCUAUAGAUAAUAAGUGGAAGAUAAAAGAAAGGGGAGGGUGCAAGUCUCCCCUAUUGAGGGCGCUAAAUACUAGUGACAAGAGGAUUUAUAAUUGAAAAUCCAAAAUUUAAUAUACAAAAUAUAAAAACAAAUAAAGCAGUGCAAUUGUAAGACCAGUUAUAAACAAACACCAACCACUAGCUAGCAAGUAUAAGGAUACUACACAUAGCCCUAGGUCGCGACUCUAAGGGCUGGAAAUACUUGCAGCUCUCAACACAAAGGUGGAGGUGAAAGAACUGUCUCUGGACUGCUGUCUUUCGAAUCUCAGGCUCAACGCGUUUCGUCCCGCGCUUUUCGGGACUUCCUCAGGAGCUGUGAAUGCUGUUUCUUUCGCCGGCUUUCUCUCUUUUAAAUCCUCAAAGAUCUUCUGUCUUCGCGCCAAAACGACAUCUUUGCGCAUGCGCACACCGACACAGAUUUCCGUUCAGCUACGGGUACCCAUAUAGACCAGUUGCUAUCGGGAAAUCGUCGGCGCGCAUGCGCAGUCAAUUUUGAACGCACAAAAAAACUUUAUUAGCACUGAGUGCUGGACACUAUAUAACACCACGUUUGUUAAAAGUGACCAAAACACUCAUCACAGUUGUGCCUACUUUCAACAUAGUGAACGAAUCCUUGGAGUUUACCACAAAUAUAGCAAAAGUGUGAAUAAACAAUAUAAAUUAUAAAUUAUAAAAUCUAAAAACAAUAAUAUCUAAAAAGGCUGUGGAUGUAAAGUGUAUUGAAUGUACAUUACAUUUGCAGUAAUCCUUACAAUCUAAAUAAGACAGUAAAGAUAGAUAUCGGAACAAUUAGAUGGAAGCACUAUAUUCUAUAAAUCUCUUGAUAAUUUCAUGAAUAAAUAAAUAAGUAAAUUAAUUCAAACCCAAUCUGUUUGUAUAGAAGAUUAUUGGUCUUAAUAAAAAAGAGGAUGGAAUAAUUAUUAUGGGAAUCCAAGAAUGGCAAUAAUAACAUUAACCAUAUAUAGGUAUUAUACAGAAAUAUAAAGAUAAAAAAACCAUGAGAAAAAAAACCAUAAGAAAAAAACCAUGAGAAAAAAGGGGGACCAAUUUAGUUGACACAAUAUAUUACAUAAAAGCCAAAAUGUCCAGGUCGGUGUUCAGACCUAGAGGAGUUGAGGACUUCAUUUUAUAGAUCCAUUCUGUUUCUUUUCUAGCCAAAGUUUUAGUAGUGUCCCCGCCUCUCCAAUGUGGAUCAACCAGAUCGAUACCUAUACAAAUAAAAUUAUUCAGAGAGAAGGUAGAACAACCAUUACAAUGUCGAGGUACACUAUGUUUUUCGCUUUUCUUUUUUAUACCAUUAAAAUGCUCUAAAAGUCUCUCAUGCAAUUUACGAAUAGUUCGACCUAUAUACUGUAUUCCGCAUACACAUUCUAGUAAAUAUACAACAUUUUUACUGCUGCAUGUUAUAAAUUGUUUUAUCAUGAAACUCUCGUUUGUAACUGUACUUUUAAAAGUUGUCGUUAUUCUUUUUUGAAACUUACAAGUGCUACAGUUUCCACAUCUGUGGAAACCAUUAGAUUUCUUUUUUUAAAAAGUAUCCUGUUUAUCUUCUGACGGUACUUUUGGUAACAUACUAGGUGCUAGAAUUGUUUUUAAACUAUUGGUCUUUUUAUACACAAUUUUUGGCUUCUUAGGUAAUAUCUUGUGGAGGUAAGUGUCCUGCAAUAGAAUCGGCCAGUGUUUUCUAAGGACUUUAUCCAUUUUGUUUGCUUUAUUAUUAUAUUUAGUAAUAAAUGCCAUAUCAAAAAAGUUCUUCCCAACAUUGCUAUUUUUUGGUUUUACUUUUAAGAUCUCUUCCCUUUUUUUAAUUAUUACUUCCUCUUGACUUCUUUCAAGUAAUUCUUUAGGGUAAUUCCUAUCUAAAAAUCUUUUAUUUAGAACUUGGACCUGACUAUUAAAAUCCUUUUUGUUUGUACAAUUCUUAUAUAACCUAGUUUGCUGACUUUUAGGAAUAUUUCGUAACCACACAGGAUUAUGGCAACUAGAAAAUUCGAUAAGGCUAUUGCAAUCUGUGGGUUUAAAAAAAGUUUUACUGCAGAUUACAUUACUCUCUAUAAAGAAAGUUAGAUCCAAAAAAUUGAUCUGUGUAUCUCCCAUUUCUUGGGUGAAAAUCAACCCAUAAUUGUUAGAAUUUACAUAGACCAUAAAGCCAUUAAACAAAUGAACAUCUCCUUUCCAAAUAAUAAGAAUAUCGUCUAUGUACCUUCUCCACAGCACCAGGUUUGCCCCAAAAGGAUUGUUGUUCCAAAUACAUCGUUCUUCCCAAUUUGCUACAAAGAUAUUAGCGUAGCUUGGGGCAAACCUGGUGCCCAUGGCGGUACCACAGACCUGCAAAUAAUGAAUACCUUCAAACCAAAAAGAAUUCUUAUGUAGAAUAAAAUCAAUACAUUGUAAAAUAAAUUCACUCUGUCUUUUAGACAUUUUAUUAUCAUUAUCCAACACCUCUUUUACAGCAGCUAUUCCUUUAGUGUGGUCAAUGACCGUAUAUAGUGAUGUAACGUCUAUCGUGACCCAUAGGUAAUCUUCCUUCCAUUCCAUUCCUUCUAGUUCUCUAAUAAUUUGGGUUGAAUCUUUUACAUAUGAGGCUGCUAGAGUGACAUAUUUUUGCAGAUAUAUAUCUACAUAUUCAGAAAUGUUACUUGUGAGGGAAUCAAUACCACUAAUGAUGGGCCUUCCAGGUGGAUCUUCCAGGGAUUUGUGAAUCUUAGGUAAUUGAUAGAAAACGGCCAAUUUAGGGAACUCAAUGUAAAGAUAUUCAAACUCCAUUUUUGUGAUUAUUUUCUGUUCUAAUGCUUUAGAUAAUAUGACAUGUAACUCCAACUUAAAUGUAUUAGUUGGAUUUUCUUUCAAAAUUUUAUAGGUUUUUAUAUCACUAAUAAUUCUAUUUGAUUCUCUCAAAUAUUUAUCUCUAUCCAUAAUUACAAUCCCCCCGCCCUUAUCGGCUUGUUUGAUGACAAUUUCUAGUUUUUCUUUUAAAUUUUUUAUUUUUUUAUUUUUUUUAUUGCUUUUUUCUCAUUUGGGGACAAAUUUUCUUUCCCUUUUUCACUUUUGAAUUUCUCAAAAUCAUUUAAUACCAUACUACAAAAAACUGGAAUAUAGUCUCCUUUAUCCCAGUUUGGAAAGAAUUUAGAUUUUGUUUUUAAAUUCGAAUUCACUAUUACAGGUUCAUUUUCAACAUUCUCUAAUGGUACAUUUUCUAAAUCAAUAAUAAAGGAGUUAGAUCUCACAUUAUCUUCAGCUUUUCUUUCAAAAAAGCGUUUUAUUGUUAACUUUCGAAAAAAUCUCUGAAUGUCCAUAAAUAAUUCGGAGUUGGUGUUUCUAGAGGUGCAAAUCUGUUUCUGUGAACCCAUAAAUCUAAAUUCUUGGGAGGUUGUCUUACUUGGACUGAUUUUUUUGGACUUUUUUGUGUGGUUCUCCUUCCUAAAAAAACAUUGCUAUUAGCGGAUCUAUCUAGUCCAUACUCUGUUCUUUUCCCAGUAGUAAAAUAUUUUCAACAAUAUUUAAAGAUGGGUAUCAUUCCCAGGGGACUUAGGAUAAAUAAGUCCCCUGCAUAUGGACAUGAAGAUAAAAGAUUCAUGUCUAGGUGGAAUGAGAUUUUAGAAAAAUGCUCUUUGCAGCUAAUAGAGCUACUUGUAGAACAUCAAUCAAAGGCUUUGGCCGAAAUCGAAAAGGAAAUCUGUAUAUUGGAGGCUGAUAUUAAUAAGGAAAUUAGCGAGGAGUCGGUAAAAGAAUAUAAUUUACAAUUAAAAACAAAAAUAGAAAAAUUUGAAGAAACGAUUAUUAUUAGGAAGGACAAUAAGUUGAAAAGAGACAAGGAAGAUUUUGAAAAAGGAUUUCAAUAUGAAUGGAAUAGAAAUCGUAAUUCAUCUCAAUUUCAAUUUAAAAAGUUCCAACAAAAGAGAUCUGGAGAUUACAGCUAUGACAGAAGAUCUCAGUACGAUAAUUAUGUUAACAAUCAAGGAAAACAAACCCAAAGUAGAAAUCAAAAAGAAAAAACAAAUAGGGUACAAAACACUUAUAAAAUAGUUAACUCUAACACCACUACUGAGAAAAGAACAGAGUAUGGACUAGAUAGAUCCGCUAAUAGCAAUGUUUUUUUAGGAAGGAGAACCACACAAAAAAGUCCAAAAAAAUCAGUCCAAGUAAGACAACCUCCCAAGAAUUUAGAUUUAUGGGUUCACAGAAACAGAUUUGCACCUCUAGAAACACCAACUCCGAUAAAGAGAAAACGUCUAAUGGAACAAAGAAUAGACAUAGGGGAACAAGGGGAGGAGGACGAAACACUUUGCUAACAGCAGAGGUCUCAAAUGAAAAGGAAUUAGGCAUAUUUAAUCUUUCAAAACAUAAACUGACGAAGGAAGAAAUCAAAUUACUGGGAAAGGGUUUAAAAUUUGCCCCUCAAAAAAAUCCCAAUCAUUUUGAAUUAUUUAUGGACAUUCAGAGAUUUUUUCGAAAGUUAACAAUAAAACGCUUUUUUGAAAGAAAAGCUGAAGAUAAUGUGAGAUCUAACUCCUUUAUUAUUGAUUUAGAAAAUGUACCAUUAGAGAAUGUUGAAAAUGAACCUGUAAUAGUGAAUUUGAAUUUAAAAACAAAAUCAAAAUUCUUUCCAAACUGGGAUAAAGGAGACUAUAUUCCAGUUUUUUGUAGUAUGGUAUUAAAUGAUUUUGAGAAAUUCAAAAGUGAAAAAGGGAAAGAAAAUUUGUCCCCAAAUGAGAAAAAAGCAAAAAAAAAAAAAAAAAAAUUUAAAAGAAAAACUAGAAAUUGUCAUCAAACAAGCCGAUAAGGGCGGGGGGAUUGUAAUUAUGGAUAGAGAUAAAUAUUUGAGAGAAUCAAAUAGAAUUCUUAGUGAUAUAAAAACCUAUAAAAUUUUGAAAGAAAAUCCAACUAAUACAUUUAAGUUGGAGUUACAUGUCAUAUUAUCUAAAGCAUUAGAACAGAAAAUAAUCACAAAAAUGGAGUUUGAAUAUCUUUACAUUGAGUUCCCUAAAUUGGCCGUUUUCUAUCAAUUACCUAAGAUUCACAAAUCCCUGGAAGAUCCACCUGGAAGGCCCAUCAUUAGUGGUAUUGAUUCCCUCACAAGUAACAUUUCUGAAUAUGUAGAUAUAUAUCUGCAAAAAUAUGUCACUCUAGCAGCCUCAUAUGUAAAAGAUUCAACCCAAAUUAUUAGAGAACUAGAAGGAAUGGAAUGGAAGGAAGAUUACCUAUGGGUCACGAUAGACGUUACAUCACUAUAUACGGUCAUUGACCACACUAAAGGAAUAGCUGCUGUAAAAGAGGUGUUGGAUAAUGAUAAUAAAAUGUCUAAAAGACAGAGUGAAUUUAUUUUACAAUGUAUUGAUUUUAUUCUACAUAAGAAUUCUUUUUGGUUUGAAGGUAUUCAUUAUUUGCAGGUCUGUGGUAGCGCCAUGGGCACCAGGUUUGCCCCAAGCUACGCUAAUAUCUUUGUAGCAAAUUGGGAAGAACGAUGUAUUUGGAACAACAAUCCUUUUGGGGCAAACCUGGUGCUGUGGAGAAGGUACAUAGACGAUAUUCUUAUUAUUUGGAAGGGAGAUGUUCAUUUGUUUAAUGGCUUUAUGGUCUAUGUAAAUUCUAACAAUUAUGGGUUGAUUUUCACCCAAGAAAUGGGAGAUACACAGAUCAAUUUUUUGGAUCUAACUUUCUUUAUAGAGAGUAAUGUAAUCUGCAGUAAAACUUUUUUUAAACCCACAGAUUGCAAUAGCCUUAUCGAAUUUUCUAGUUGCCAUAAUCCUGUGUGGUUACGAAAUAUUCCUAAAAGUCAGCAAACUAGGUUAUAUAAGAAUUGUACAAACAAAAAGGAUUUUAAUAGUCAGGUCCAAGUUCUAAAUAAAAGAUUUUUAGAUAGGAAUUACCCUAAAGAAUUACUUGAAAGAAGUCAAGAGGAAGUAAUAAUUAAAAAAAGGGAAGAGAUCUUAAAAGUAAAACCAAAAAAUAGCAAUGUUGGGAAGAACUUUUUUGAUAUGGCAUUUAUUACUAAAUAUAAUAAUAAAGCAAACAAAAUGGAUAAAGUCCUUAGAAAACACUGGCCGAUUCUAUUGCAGGACACUUACCUCCACAAGAUAUUACCUAAGAAGCCAAAAAUUGUGUAUAAAAAGACCAAUAGUUUAAAAACAAUUCUAGCACCUAGUAUGUUACCAAAAGUACCGUCAGAAGAUAAACAGGAUACUUUUUUAAAAAAGAAAUCUAAUGGUUUCCACAGAUGUGGAAACUGUAGCACUUGUAAGUUUCAAAAAAGAAUAACGACAACUUUUAAAAGUACAGUUACAAACGAGAGUUUCAUGAUAAAACAAUUUAUAACAUGCAGCAGUAAAAAUGUUGUAUAUUUACUAGAAUGUGUAUGCGGAAUACAGUAUAUAGGUCGAACUAUUCGUAAAUUGCAUGAGAGACUUUUAGAGCAUUUUAAUGGUAUAAAAAAGAAAAGCGAAAAACAUAGUGUACCUCGACAUUGUAAUGGUUGUUCUACCUUCUCUCUGAAUAAUUUUAUUUGUAUAGGUAUCGAUCUGGUUGUUCCACAUUGGAGAGGCGGGGACACUACUAAAACUUUGGCUAGAAAAGAAACAGAAUGGAUCUAUAAAAUGAAGUCCUCAACUCCUCUAGGUCUGAACACCGACCUGGACAUUUUGGCUUUUAUGUAAUAUAUUGUGUCAACUAAAUUGGUCCCCCUUUUUUCUCAUGGUUUUUUUCUUAUGGUUUUUUUCUCAUGGUUUUUUUAUCUUUAUAUUUCUGUAUAAUACCUAUAUAUGGUUAAUGUUAUGAUUGCCAUUCUCGGAUUCCCAUAAUAAUUAUUCCAUCCUCUUUUUUAUUAAGACCAAUAAUCUUCUAUACAAACAGAUUGGGUUUGAAUUAAUUUACUUAUUUAUUUAUUCAUAAAAUUAUCAAGAGAUUUAUAGAAUAUAGUGCUUCCAUCUAAUUGUUCCGAUAUCUAUCUUUACUGUCUUAUUUAGAUUGUAAGGAUUACCGCAAAUGUAAUGUACAUUCAAUACACUUUACAUCCACAGCCUUUUUAGAUAUUAUUGUUUUUAGAUUUUAUAAUUUAUAAUUUAUAUUGUUUAUUCACACUUUUGCUAUAUUUGUGGUAAACUCCAAGGAUUCGUUCACUAUGUUGAAAGUAGGCACAACUGUGAUGAGUGUUUUGGUCACUUUUAACAAACGUGGUGUUAUAUAGUGUCCAGCACUCAGUGCUAAUAAAGUUUUUUUGUGCGUUCAAAAUUGACUGUGCAUGCGCGCCGACGAUUUCCCGAUAGCAACUGGUCUAUAUGGGUACCCGUAGCUGAACGGAAAUCUGUGUCGGUGUGCGCAUGCGCAAAGAUGUCGUUUUGGCGCGAAGACAGAAGAUCUUUGAGGAUUUAAAAGAGAGAAAGCCGGCGAAAGAAACAGCAUUCACAGCUCCUGAGGAAGUCCCGAAAAGCGCGGGACGAAACGCGUUGAGCCUGAGAUUCGAAAGACAGCAGUCCAGAGACAGUUCUUUCACCUCCACCUUUGUGAGGACUCCAGGCAUUAUAACCACUCCAAGGAGAUAAAACUGUUAGUGUCACUUAAAGGGACACUCCAGGCGCCCAUUGGAGUGGUCUGGGUGCCAACUCCCACUAUUCUUAACCCUGCAACUGUAAUUAUUGCAGUUUUUAAACUCAAUAAUUACAUUGCAGGGUUAACUCCACCUCUAGUGGCUGUCUACUAGACAGCCACUAGAGGGCACUUCCUGCUUCAUAGCAAAGAUUUUCUUUGCUAGAGUGUCACUGGAUGUCCUCACGCUGUGUGAGGACCUCCAGCGUCGCUCAAUUCCCCAUAGGAAAGCAUUGAAAAUUAUUUUCAAUGCUUUCCUAUGAGGAGACCUAAUGCGCGUGUGUGGCAUUGCCGCGCAUGCGCAUUAGGUUUCCUCAGCCGGCGGGCGGGAUCAGUCUCGCCCACCGGCUGACAUAAUUACUGGGAGGAGGUGGUCUCAGGUAAGUGACCUGAAGGUGUUUUCACCCCUUCAGCUACCUGGGAUGGGAGGUGGGAGCGAGAGGGUACCUGCACAAUCUGUUUUCCUGGCACUGGAGUUUCCCUUCAAAGGGACACUAUAGUCACCAGAACAACUACAACUUAUUGAAUUUGUUCUGGUGAGUAGAAUCAUUACCUUCAGGCUUUUUGCUGUCUUUUCAGAGAAAAUGCAGUGUUUACAUUACACCCUAGUGAUAACUUCCCGGGCCACUCCUCAGAUAGCUGUUAGAGAUCCAUCCUGGGUCAUGGCUGCCUGAAAUGCAUCCAAACAUUCAGUAUCUCCUCCCUCUGCAUGCAGACACUGAACUUUCCUCAUAGAGAUUCAUUGAUUCAAUUCAUCUCUGAGGAGAUGCUGAUUGGCCAGGGCUGUGUUUGAAUUGUGCUGGCUCUGCCCCUGAUCUGCCUCCUUGACAGUCUCAGCCAAUCCUGUGGGGAAGCAUUGUGAUUGGAUCAAGCUACCACUUCUGCUGAUUUCAGCAGGCAGUGGGCAGAUCAAAAGCAAACAGUGGCAAAGACAGCAUCUCCAGGCUUGAAUACAUGUAGGAGUUUACUAGAUUUAGGAUGAGCAUGAGAGAACCAGGGUGGCUAGAUAGUGGUUUUAACCCUUUAGGGUCAGGAAUACAUGUUUAUGUUCCUGUGGAGAUUCUGAUUGGCCUGGGCUGUGUUUGAAUCAUGCUGGCUCUGCCCCUGAUCUGCCUCUUUGUCAGUCUCAGCCAAUCCUAUUGGGAAGCAUUGUGAUUGGAUCAGGCUACCACUUCUGAUGAUGUCAGCAGACUGCUUGUUUUUUGUUUGUUUUUUGAGGCACACAGCAUGCAGAUCUACAGAUUCUGGCUGGAAUUCAGUAAGAUGUUGCUAUAUUUAUGGAGGCAUGAGGGGCCCAGGGGGGCUAGAUGGUGGUUUUAACACUAUAGGGUCAGGAAUACAUGUUUGUGUUCCUGACCCUAUAGUGCUCCUUUAAAGAAUAUUAGAUCUAUAGCAGUGUGUUUGCAUGCAAAUUGCUGGUCUGUAUGAAAUUAGUGUACUCAUAGAUGGUUAUCUACAAUCAUAAGAUAUCUUCUGAUUCAUUCAUUUGUUAGUAAUUCAAUUACUAAAAUGUGUAUUAUAGUGUUAAAGAACAUUAUCCUGCCCCCCUAAAUAUAGUAAAAUAUUUCAUUUAUUCCUGUAUGCUGCUUCUGGCUCUGCCCCUAAUCUGCUUCCUUGGCUGACAUAAUCAGAAAUGGUGAUCUGAGCCAAUCACAAUGCUUUUCCAUAGGAAAGCACUGGAUUGGCUGAGAAUGUCAAGGAGACACACCAGGGUCAGAGCCAGCACAAGUCAAACAUAGCCCUGGUCAAUCAGCAUCUCCUCAUAGAGAUGCAUUUAAUCAAUGCAUCUCUAUAUGGAAAGUUCAGUGUCUCCAUGCAGAGGGUGGAGACACUGAAUGUCAGUUCUGCACGCUGUGCAGCACUGCCCUAGGAAGCACCUCUAGUAGUCAUCUGAUGCGUGGCAAGUGCUGGUAUCCCUAGACUGUAAUGUAAACACUGCCUUUUCUCUAGAAACAGAACAAAUACAAUACAGAACAGAACAAAUACAAAAGGCUGCAGAUGUUCUGGUGACUGUAGUAUCCCUUUAACAUGGCUAUGGUCCUGCAAGUGUAUUUUCAUUAUAUUGACGUGUGAUUUUGUGGAAGUUUUAAAUUUGUUGACUUAGCUAGAAUGAUUAUCUAACUGAAACUGUUAUAAGAUUUUUAUGUAUUGUUGCUUUUUCUCUAGUGAUAAAAAAUGGCAGCUCCAACAGCAAAGGAAAGAAAGGCAUGUUGGGAUGCACGAGACCAGUACUGGCAUUGCUUGGACAGUAAUAGAGAUGAUGAUACAAAGUGCCAAGCGCUCCGACAUUGUUUUGAAAGCCGUUGUCCACAGCAAUGGGUAUGUGGGUAUGGGAGGGAUUGUCACUGGAACAAGAAAAUGUUUAAAAAUAUGUUUAGAAACCCCGAAUGAUUCAUGUAUCAAAGUAUGAACACAGGUUCUAAACUUUCAAGUUUUUAUGCAUUUGACAUGUUCUAGCUUGUGUCCCUGGCCAUUUCCGAAUGGUUGGAUUCCUGGUAGGAGUCUGGAUGUGCAGUGAGAAUCCUCUUCCACAUCAGUGAUAUUAAUUCAGUCCCUGUUUGAGUGGCAUUCAUUAGCUGAGAGUGUCCAAAUAGGGCUGAAAUUGCCAUCUAAAGCAGAAGAGAAUUGUUUUUUGCCUCUCUAAUGUAUUUAUUUUUAUAUGUUUUCAAUACAUCAAAAUUCCAAUAAAAAGUGAUGCACAAAAAAUGAUUAAGUGAACUGACUUCCUGGUCUCUGCAAAGUAUUCUGAAAAUAUUUUUUGUAUAGGAAUAUUGUUUUUAAUUACUAAACUGUGAUUUUGUGUUUUGUUUUUUUUUUGUUUUUUUUUUAAACAGCUGAAAUACUUUGACAAAAGAAGAGAUUAUUUGAAAUUCAAAGAAAAACUUGAAAUGGGUGAAUAUCAGCCUCCGGAGACACAGAAAUCUUGAGUUUCACUCAGUAGAGAAAAAAACAAACUAAAUGCCUUUACACAUGGAAGAACCUGAAUAUUAUUUAAUUCAUGGAUAUAUGUCUUCAGUUAAAUGACUGAUGGAUUGUUUUCAGUGUUUACUGACAUGUUUAAAGAUUUUAUCAUCGAAGGACGAAAAUCAUCCCAGUGAAUGCAGAUUAUAAUAAUUCUCUAAUGACUACUGUAAUGAUAACAGAAUAAUAUAUACAGUGGCAUAUAUUGCUUGCAUAAAAUAGCAAAGUGUUUCUAAAACGGAGUGUCACUGAUUAUGAAAAAAAAAUAUAUAUUUUUUAGGAACCUUUCCAUGUUAAUAAAUCAAUAUUCAAAAAUAUUGUAAACAAAAAAUGUCCUAUAAUUAAUGGCUCUGUUUUUGGCUGG